CAGCCCCCGGUUGCUUACGCCGCGCCACGUCCCGGGCAGAGCAGCCCGCUCAGCGGAGCGCGGCACCGACACACGUGUGCCUGCCUGCGCCCGGGCUCACGCGAAGCACGCGAGACUCACCAUAGAAAGCCGCCGAACCCCUGCCGGCCACCCCGCCUCGGCGCUGCUGCCAGCACCCCGGCGACUCUUACCGACUCCUGCAGGUAUUGCUAUAUAAAAUCGCUGUGCCACUUUGCUGCAACUACGGGGUAUGUGACACUCGUCCUGGCUCACCUUCCUGUGCCUUCCGUGCGUGGAUCUGACCCGCAGGCAGCAGGUGCCACAGCACCGGUUGCAAGCUCUACGUUUAAAGCAGAAACUGCUCUGGCUGCAUCAAUGCGAAACAAAACGCAGCUCAUCCCGCACCGCACUCCGGCCUGAUAAGCCCGACGUUCACAUUCCUCGGUGCCGUUCGCGUUCCGUGUGUCCCGGCGCGGGGUAUCUGCCUCGGAGGGGAGCGUGGCUCCGAUGCGACGGGCAGAGCCCUCAGAGUGCUGGGAUGGCCGCAGUUCCAACGAGCACCCGAAGGGCUGCUGCAGCCACUGCAACCUCUUCCUGCCACCGGCCCAGAAACGGACACCGAGGUAUUGUGGUAAAUGGCCUGAUAAACAUUAGUAUUUCAACAAUUGAGAAGCGCUAUGAGUUGAACAGUUCCCUCACUGGUUUAAUCUCUUCAAGCUAUGACAUUGCUUUUUGUAUCUUGUCACUGUUUGUGUCUUUCUUUGGAGAAAGUGGGCACAAGCCACGGUGGCUUGCUUUCUCAGCAUUUAUGCUAGGAUUGGGCUCACUUACAUUUUCCUUACCACACUUCACUAGUGGAAAAUACCACUAUGGAACUAAAAUAGAAGACACGUGUCAAAUUCCAGGAACAAGCUCUGCUAACUUCACUUGCAGUACCAGCACAAGGUCUUCACUUUCCAGUUAUCUGUAUGUCUUCAUCCUGGGUCAGCUGUUGCUGGGAAUUGGAGGAACUCCAUUAUAUACUUUGGGUACAGCUUUUAUUGAUGACAGUGUCCCAAAGAACAAGUCCUCAAUUUAUAUAGGAAUAGGCUAUGCCAUGUCAUUGAUGGGUCCUGCUAUUGGCUAUACUUUGGGAGGCCAGCUCCUUAAUAUUUAUAUAGAUAUCCAGAUUCCAGAAAGUGCAAAGAUGGAUCGAGAUGACCCACGUUGGCUUGGAGCAUGGUGGAUAGCAUUUCUUGCAUGCUUUUUUGCAAUGUGGCUCCUUGUAAUACCUUUUUCCUGCUUUCCGAAACACCUGCCAGGAACAGCAAAAAUACAGGCUGAAAAAAUCUCUGAAACACAUAAUGAUGGAAGUGAGGCACUUGUUGAGACCAAGAAUAUUGGAAAAAGUUUUAGAGACUUUCCCAUGACUCUCCUGAUACUGUUGAAGAAUCCAGUGCUUAUGAGUCUAAUAAUAGCCAGUGCUUCAGAAGCUUUAGUUGCCACUGGCUUUGCCACGUUUCUACCAAAGUUUAUAGAAAAUCAGUUUGGAAAGACACCAAGUUUUUCAGCAACUCUUGGAGGGCUUGUAUUAAUUCCAGCAGCAGCACUAGGCCAAAUCAUAAGUGGCAUCUUGGUUUCCAAGUACAAAAUGGAUUGCAAAUGCGUAAUCAAGUUCACAAUAGGCACUUGUUCAGUGGCCCUACUCUUAAACACAAUGUUUUUGUUUGCUAAGUGUGGGAAUGAACCUUUUGCAGGUGUCUCUGAAACAUAUAAUGGAACAGGCACGCUGCAUAACUUAACAGCUCCGUGCAAUGCUAACUGCAAAUGUUUGCGUGCUAUGUACUACCCAGUUUGUGGCAGAGAUGAAGUACAGUACUUUUCACCCUGUUUCGCAGGAUGUGCAUCACAGCUUUUUAACUUGGAAAAGACUUAUCACAACUGUUCCUGUAUUGGAAAACCAAAAGUAGAAAUUGUCUCUGAAGACUUUCUUUAUGAAGCUGUCGCUGGGAAAUGCCCACCAAAAUGCGGACUUUUACCUUUAUUCCUGGCCACCUUCUUUUUUGCUGUUGUUUUUACAUUUAUGGCAGUUACUCCAACAACUGUGGCCAUUCUCAGGUGUGUGCCAGAUAAACAACGUACAUUUGCUCUUGGAGUCCAGUCAGUGUUUCUACGACUACUGGGUACUAUUCCUGGACCGAUUUUGUUUGGUGCAGCCAUAGACAACAGUUGUACUCUGUGGGAUAUUAAUGAAUGUCACACUACAGGAGCUUGUUGGGUUUAUGACAAUGAAAGCAUGGCUUAUCAGCUGAUGGGCAUAAGUGCUGCUUGUAAACUCAUCACGAUCAUCUUUGUAGUCAUAGCGGUAUGCUUGUAUAAGCCUCCACCAGCAAGUGCAGCCCUAUCAGAAAAGAAUUCAGGAAUGGUAUCUACUGUACACACAUAAAUCAUGGCAAAUCGAGGGCUUUUGAAAGAAGCCAGUAGGAAUUAACCACUGUUACACGAUCAUAUCUGUAACUGUUACACUGUUACAAGAUCAUAUUCAGUUCUCAAACAACUUAAAAUAUUUGUGAAAUGUGUCAU